AUGCUCAGUCUAGACGUACUCACAGGAAAAACAAGAGAAGAGGGCUGUGAAAAGGCCUCACCAAGCGAGCCGCAGGAUGAGUUCAAUGUAGGAGAUAUCGUCUCCCAACGUGAUUUCUCUUUAGCUUUCAGGGUUAUGCGACUAAUUCACGAGGGUCUCAACAAGUGUUGGGAAAAACUCAUGGAUAGAUACGGAGAACUAAAGUUUUCAAACGAAAUUCUCGUAUUCAUUUGUGAAAGAGAAAAGGUUCCUCUUAAUGAACAAACUAACAGCAUACAUAUCAAUGAUGUGGAAAAGAGCAGACUUGAAGAUCAGCACAAAAAAAUCAGAUGUGAUCCAGUAGGAGCAGAAAUGGCAAAACCUUUUGCUGAGGACCCCUCAAAAAUCGGACAACUCAGGAGGUUACGAAUGGGAACAUUUGUACACGACAAGAAGUUAUAG